UCCAUGGCAUUGCAUUUGGCUUUAUAAAGUUUCGAGCUUUCGGCAUGGGGUGAUCAUCACUCACUCUCUCUCUCUCUCUCUAUCUGAGUUCUGAGACUCUUCUUCUUCCUUCUGGAUUGAGAUGGAAGCUGAAAAUCAGAAGUCAUCUCAAGCAAACAGAUUCCAAAUGGAUGAUGUUCGCAUGACCCACAUUGUCGAAUGGAAUAAGAAAAGAAAGUUACAGAUUGAUCAAUUGGAUAUGCUCAGACCAAAGCAUAAAUGCUGGGUUCGUAGUUUCCCUUCUGAAGAGGCUUCAAUAUUGGAUGAAAAUUUAAGGUCAGAGAGAAUGCAUGACCUUCCUGUAAAUGGCAAACCAGGUGCUUUGGUACAUGAUGAUAGGCCAUCCCCUGUAUCUGCUGAAGACAGCAAUAGUUUCGCUGAAGAUUCUGAUGCUUCCAUGUCUGUAUAUGAGGAAGUUAGACUUGAAGCAGAUAGUGCGAAGACAUUCCUAUAUGGCAGGCCUUCUAAUUCUUUUGUCAAUUGGAACGGCUAUAAUGUUAAGGAUGUAACAAGUAUUGAGAAGACAAUAUCUAGUGAGGAGGACAUAUUUACUGACAGAGAAUAUAAUCAAUCGUAUCAUGAGGCUGAUAUACAAGCUUUGCAGAAUCUUGAGGAGCAGAUUGUGGGAUGCGAAAAGCUUAAGGAUGAUUUAUACUCAGAGCAUGCUAAAGACAACUGUGAGGAGUCUAUGGAUAAGGGAUUUGAAGAUCUUCUCUAUUCAAGUGGGGUGAAUCCUAACGUGUACGUCCUUUCCUCUGGAAGAUGGGAAGUAAACCAAGAGGCGCAAUCAAGUACGAGGCCACCAACGAUUGAUCAGGAAUUUGAGGAGUACUUUUCCAUGCUUAUGCUGUAGCAGCAGAGACUGUUGUAGUGGAGCAGAUGAAUAAUGUAUAUAUUUAAUGUUAAAUGCGCCUGUUGUAUAUAAUGUUUUGAUUGACAUAACUAAGUUAUACUAACUACGCUGAUAACAUCUUCAAAUGGUAAUAUCCCUCCGUUGUUUUAUUCC